AUGGCUUUAUUGAAUAUAAUUGUCUUUACUAUUCUUCUCGGGUUUUUAUACAAAAAUGCAAAUGGAGCAGCAAAUCUCUUCAAUCGAACCUAUUUUCCUCUAUGGGGAAUCAAUCAUCUUACGGUUAAUCCCCAAGGAACCGAGGUGCAACUUCUGAUAGAUCAAUCCUCAGGGGCUGGAUUUAGGUCCAAAUUGGAAUACGGAUCCGGGCUGUUUCGCAUAAGAAUGAAGAUACCAGACAGAAAGACAGGAGGAAUUGUUACAACCUUUUAUUUAACAUCUGCACCAGAUAAUCAGGACCCAGGAAAUCAUUUUGAGCUUGAUUAUGAGUUCUUGGGUACUAACGGAACAGUACAAACAAAUGUUUAUGACAAUGAUGGAGGGCACAGGGAACAAAGCUUCCGUCUUUGGUUUAAUCCUUCUCAAGAUUUUCACACUUAUGAAAUUCUUUGGAAUCACUAUCAGAUUGUGUUCUACGUGGAUGGAAUUCCCAUUAGAGAGUUCAAGAACUAUGCAAAACAUGGAGUGGACUAUCCAUGGAGGCCUAUGCACAUAGAGGCAAGUAUAUGGAAUGCAGAUUGGGCAGGAGUUGUUGAUUGGUCUCAAGCUCCCUUCAUUGCUCAUUAUGAAGGUUUCAAUUUCAAUGCUUGCCCGGCUCAAGUCAACGGUGUUUCGAAAUGUAAUUCGAAAAAGUAUUUCUGGAACAAAUUCUGGAAGCUCAAUAAUGAGGAGAGAAAGAAAAUGCUGAGAUACAGGAAAGCGUAUAUGAGUUAUGACUACUGUUCGAAUAGGGCCACCAGAAAACCAGAAUGCUCAUGGAAUAAUUAA